CUUAAUCAACCGGACGGUGAACCAUCUUUUUUUGAAUCAGUUGCUCAAGAGCGUGCAGAUGGAAAUCGGAAUGUCCUUCACAUGGCUGUAAUGAUGUGUACGCCUCUUUCUAAUCGUGAGGUCGAAUGGAGUACUCAACUACAUUCUGCUCUAUAUUCAAAGCCCUCCCAAGACCUAUCACUCAACAUUAGUGACAAAAUGCCUAGUUCACCUUCAAGGGAUGCAACGAAUUCACUUUCUCAGAAGCAACAGUCUAUGUCAAACCGACCAGCUGUUAUUUCCUACAAUGGGAGCUCUCGUUCUUCAAAUGCUUAUAGCAUGCAUGAACUAUUCUUUCUUCCAUCAGUGGAUUCAGGUUCUGUGUCAUCAGCAGAGGCCAAAAUGCUAACUUCUGGUUCCUCUGAUUCACGCCAUAAUCGAACUGCGCCCUUGGCUAAUAGUGAAUCUUCGGCCUCUAGUGCCAGUUUCUGGCACCUCGCUCCUCUCCGCAGUGAUGAGCUAACUCGUCGUUUGGCUUCUUACCGCAUUGUUUCUUGCCUUGUUGAAUCUUUUGGUCUCCAUUCUCAUUUAAUUAAUCUUUUAACAGCUCGCAACGCUGAUGGGCAGACUCCAUUUAUGCUUGCAAUUGCCUGUCGAGCCUACCAGGUGGCCAGCUUUAUCUAUGACGUUAUUAAGAAGUUAGAAGCUGAUUUUAUUGGAAAAAAGGUUCCUUUUAACAAAAUGGACGCUAUCUUCCCUGCCUCCAAUUUGGAUGAUUCGCCCUUGUUUACUUUGGUAUACAAUGAUAUGUGCAGUUUCACUUGGACUGGACCUAGUCAUAUUCGACAGGUGUUGAUUCAUUUUUAA